GCUAUGAAAAGUUCGUUUAUCACGAUUUUCCUUAUGGCUAUGUCUUUGUGGAAUUUGUGUUCAGGAUCCAAAACGAUUAAGAAAUAUUAUAUUGGUGAUCUCCUGAGGAAGAAAAGGCAUUUACUCUUUCCAGACCCAGAAGAGAGUGAGACCAAAGUGCAGGUACUUUUUGGCCUCGGGCUUCCCAUGGAGGGUGAGAUAUCCAUGACUAUGGGUUAUGUGUUGAAGUGCAACUACAAUCUCCCUUACAAUUCAUCCGGCUACAAACAGGAAGAAUUUCGAUACGGGAGGUCGGCAGAUAUGGCGUUAUCAGAGCAAAGUAAAGAGGAAGCUACACAAGGUGGAACAUUAUCCAGGUGGAGUAUAUACCGGAUAUUAGAGAAGAUGUUGGAGACUCUGGGAUCAGGGAAGGCCUGCCUGCUACGUGUGGUUUGUGAAGCCGCGGAAACACCUUUCAAAGAGGGCACUAGCCUCUUAGGGGAACUGCUGCACGUCGUCUUUACGCCCUCGACAACUUUCGAGGAAUACGAAAUGUAUGCGGAUCGCGAAUACCACGCAGCGGAACUCAUAGGACAGAAGGCGAAUGGAAUGUGUAAAUCACUCUACCCCGAGUGUCUCUACAGCCCUCUGGGUUAUUUUACCAAGAAAUUCUACUUUUGA